AUGGCUUUAACAUGUUUUCCUGGUGCAUUAAAUCCAUUUUGUCGUCAACCAAUAUCAGUUUCGUUAUGUUGUGAUCAACUAGCUUUAGCUACUUCAUCAACUUUACUUUAUAUUUAUUCAUAUUCAAAUCAAAAUUUAUCAUUUAUUACAAAAUUUUCUCCUCAUUCGAAAUCUUUAUCAUGUAUGCUAUAUCAUCCAACUAUUCCAGGUCUAUUAGCUACUGGUGGUGCUCCAAAUUCGCGAGUUAUUCUAUGGUCAAUAGAAGGAAAAACAGUACAAAAACAAGCAACAUUAAAUUUACAAAGAAGACCAAAUGCAUUAAUCUGGCUUUUGGAUGAAGAACUAAUCAUUGGAGAUGAACAUGGAACUCUCUAUCGAUGGAAUAGAAACGAAGAGAAAUUAAAUAAAUUUACUAAUCAAUCUUUAUCUGGUAAACAAAAUGAUGAAGUUCAACUUUUUGCUGUUGCAAAUAAACAAAAAUUUAUUAUGGCUAUUGCAUACAAAUCAGGUUCUAUAUGUAUUUGUCAUGUUGAUCUUGAUAAAAAUAAUUUAAAUAUGUUACAUAAAUUAUCAUCUGAUUCAGCUAAUACUAUAUGUUGUUCUAUUCAAUUUGCUCAUUCAGAAUCACCAUUAGAUCGUAGUACUCUUCUUUAUAUAAGUUAUGGACAUGGUUCUAUUAAAGUAUGUGAUUAUACAAAUGGAAAAAUUCUUGGUCAAUUAAUGCUAGUUAAACAAUCAAAAAAUACUAAUAUGAAUGAUCCUAGAUGUAAAACGUAUUAUCCAUUGGCUUGGAUGGAUGCAAAUACUUUAUUAACAGGAAAUAUUGAGUAA